CCCGGUUUCAGGAACUUCACAGCCAAUCCGUCUGAUGCUCCCCUCGUAACGACUAUGAGAGCAGACCUUUCUAAUUUUGCAGCACUCGAUGGCCUCGGUAUCUCUUCCACUCUCGUGGUUGCUCCACCAGGGACCGUAAAUCCUCCUCACGUCCAUCCUCGUGCUUCGGAGCUCGUGUUCGUGCUCGAAGGCACCGUCGACAUCGGCUUCGUAGACACCACUAACACGCUGAGGACCCAGACCUUGAAGGAGGGAGAUCUUUUCAUUGUCCCCAGGGGCUUGGUUCACUUCCAGUUCAACAACUAUCAGACGACGGCUAAAUUUAUCAACUCCUUCAGCAGCGCCUCUCCGGGAGUUGCCAGGCUUCCGACCACUCUGUUCGGGACCGGCAUAGCUGAUGCUGUUUUGAUUAAAUCCUUCGGAGUGACAGCCGACGUCAUCGACAAGCUACAGGAAGCUGAAGGGGCUGGAACGCAGCCAGGCUACUAGAAUCAGAAAUUCGUCUACUUGCGAUUGCUCGUAAGAUUGAUGAGAUCGAUCCAAUCACAUAACUGCAGAGUUGAAUCUCCAGCUUGCGACCGGACGAAUCAACUGGAGGAGCCUGGGAGGAUGGACUGAAGUUUAAUUUCGUGAAGCAGCCAGUCGGAAUUUCGUGUUUGGUUGCGGGUGUGAAGCACACUCGACGAAAAUGGCUGCACCACCUAAACUGGACACGCGGUGGCUGAGGAAUGGGCCGAUUAACCUAGGCUCAUUCUCCACCAUUUUUCUGUGCAAUAAUCUGGAGAAUAACAAGAAGUUUGUGGCGAAGACGGUUAUGGCACAUGACCUAGAGCAGAGGACGGCCAUCGAGGUGGAAGUUGGAAUGGGCAAUAGAUGUAUGGAGUAUAUAGAUAGGAGGAUGCGACUGUGAGGAGCCGGAAGCCCGCACAGGUUUCCAAGGAGCGUGGUUACUACAUGUUCGGAUCUUUCAUUUGAAAAGAGGGCGAUCCUCUAUUCCGUGCUCCGUGCAAUUGCUGACAUUGUGGGAUCCUCGUGCAACGACGACUUUGCAAAUUCACUAUAUGGCUUUUAAUUUUCGAUUCCAUGUUGGAUGAGGGUCAUUGGGCAGAAAAGACUUACGUAUCCUGUCCCGCAUAGAAAUGAUUCUAAUGUAGAACGAUCGUGAAAACGCUACUUCUUGGAGGCUCGAAUUCCAUUUUGGACGCAAUGAUGACAAUCCAUGCUUUCAGAUCAUGCCUGCAGCUUGAAAAAUUCAUGCAGAUAUGGUGCAUGCAUGCCAUGAACAUAUCCAAAUCACGUAAUUCCUGGACGCGAAUUUUCUUUUCCAAUUAUGAUGUGUCUUCUGUUC